AUGAAUGUGGUAGCGCUCUCACCCUCCGCAGCCAUGUGCAUGGGCACUGGAAAAAAGCCGGGCCGCACACGAAUCAUCGACUGUUUCAGAAAGCAAGGGGAGGAGCUUUACGUCCUGUUUCUCGAUGAAAAAGUUGCCGAGCUGCGCUUUUGGCGCGAGAAAAAGGGGGUCGUGGCUUUACACGGUGCAGGAAAGUACGUCACUCGUGUUGUGGACGCGGCAUGUGACAGCCUCUACACGAUUGUGUUUUUCCAUCACGACAAGGGACGGCAACUUGGACUCGCAAUGAUGGAACACAGUGUGCCAAAGCCGACACACCUUGUCGGUUCUCCUAAGGAUUAUAGCGAAGACUUCGAGACUAUUGUCGCGCCUUUGCUACCGGCUGAUGAUAAAGGUAAAAGAUUUACCUCACAACUUCAUAUCCAUCGAUCGUGUCUCAAGCAGACGACAUCUGGUCUUGUGGUUGUUGCGCUGCUGGCCGCCCCCAUGGGUGAUAUGCAUGUGAUAAUUGGGUCCCUUGAAGGAAAACUAUGGCGGCGCUUCAGGUUGGAAGAAGCAUUCGGUAUACCCAACUGCAUAUGCAUUCAAAGCGAGCGUGUGGUAUCGGUCGCGAGGUGUUCCGUUGGGUCCCCCGCGAGCGUGACGAGCGCUGUGUCAGCGCCGACAGUUGAAUUGGCGCUUUCGGUGUUCGAUCAGACGUAUAUGGACGGUGACAGCAGCAAUAAAAAAACUGUGCAUGGCGGAGGUCCGCCGCGGUCUGCAGCUGCACCAUUUUGUGUUACAAUGCAGGAAAUCAUUUUUUCCCUGAACGAUCGUGAUGCAACACUUCACACGCGUUACCAGAGUCAGAUCUUCCGUGUGCCAGAGGGCGAAGUCAGUGAUUACGCCCAUCCACGCUGCCAAUUAUAUGUUGACAAGCAGCAGCUACGUUACGCUGCUUUUGUUUCCGUUGGUGGCCACAGCUACGUCACACACCUGCGGCGCUCCCCGCUGAAUAUGGAUAUGAUGGCCAGCUGCACAAGGCUUAGCAUUUCUGGCAUUCCGCGUGGCGUGAUGUGGUUAAGUUUACCACACCCAACAGGGCAAGAAAGUGGCAGCGUUGACUUAGUUGUUUUGCUUUCCCAGGAUUACCGACUGUACGCUUCCGAAAUGUUUGGUGGUGCUUUUGCUGUAUUUGCAGAUGAUAAUCGAACCAAUAACACAGUGCCGUUCUGCCUCCCUUCGAAAUUGCGUGGUGAUACUUCCCUCUACAGCGAAGGAUUUGCGUGCGCAACACAUCUCCUUCAGGUCUCAAACAGCGAAUUCGUGUGCACUAAUGGCAUUCUAAGCGUGGGACUGAGGGUUACGGGUCUUUCCGUGGGUGAGGACAUACCGCGUGACGUUUUUAGUUUUCUUUCCAGUGGUGAAGGAGGGCCUGAGCGACGCGCUGUUUCACUUGCUCGUUGCCUUCAGUUCAUUGACGAACUUGCGGAGGAAGAUGAGAUAGGUGUCCUGCAGGCAGUGUUUCAAAAGUUGCUUCCAAUGCUGCAGUGCGCAGGUUCCACGCAGAGUGAAGCGUUUUUGGUUCAGCGUGUGUUUCAGGGGAUUUUGGCCGCAGCUCCACCCCAGGAGGUGGAGGACUGGAGGUUGCUGUGGAACGUUGCGUUGCUUGUUCAGAAGAUGUUGGCGAAGCGCGGUCGUGACAACACGGUGGUUUAUACCGACCACUUUUUCAUCAGUCUUCUGGAUUGCUAUGCACAAUGCCAGGGUACGGAGGAAGAGAAGGAACGAGCAACGGAAAGGCUUUUGAGUGUCGUAUCCGAUGAGCUGAAGUUAACCUGGAAGAGUUUCGCGAGGAAGCUUGACGAUGAGGUACUCUUUGUACUGGAUAAUUUGGCGGAGCGCAUCGCACUUCCACUCGCUGAGGAAUGUGUGCGACGAAUGGUUUCAGUGACUAUCAUGUCUGACGGAACGCAUGUUGUCUCCGCGAGAGCAAACACUUCUCACAUUAUACACGCGCUUGGGGUCGUUCUUCUCGCCUCGUGUUUGGACGUGGAAGUUUUUGUGGACAUCAACGAGGUUGGUCAGCUACGGUGCUGCACGAGCCGGACCGCAAGCACCGCUGUGUUGGUCUCGCCGUCAGUCACAAAUGAGUCGGAACUGUUCGAUUAUACACUUGCGCUUUCUGCAGACCUUCUCUGUGUUUCUGCACCCGACACUCAGCAAACACCCCCCUGCGCCGCUGCAUUACUGGCUAUGCUCUCGGCGCGACGUUACCACGCCAUGUUCACGUUCGUGCAGGUGUUCGCGCUUCCCAUGGCGCAGCAGAUGGUGGAGCUUGGAUCACUCAAUGACAACACAUCUCUGCUUGCGGAUUGUGCAGCUUCAGUGUCCCUAACAGAAGCAGAGCUUUUCAGACGGAUACUGUCAGGCACCACGCCUUCACAUAUUAUGCAGGUGCUGUGCAAUGGCUCAGUAAACGACGACAAUUUCAACACGAGUCUAUGGCAGUGUAUGGGGGAUGUUCUCAGCGGCGAGCUGCGGGCGCUCAUAAUCGCUGCUGUGCUGCACGCAAUGACAGACCGUGUAAUAGCAGCGCAAAAUAAUUACUCUGCAAGCGUGAUGGCUGCUCUUCUCCUCGACGAAGUAAAGGACCCGCUCCGAGAUGUAUCUGUGGGAACCUGUCGCGAGAGAUUGCGAAUUCUGUUGUUGAAGCUCGAGAAAUUGUGGGCCGCCGUUGAGGUAUGGUCACCGUACAAAGUAGGGGAUGUCGCUGCCUGCUUGGUCUCCGCCAACGCGGCGCAACAUGACGCAGGGUCAGUCUUCAUGCAGGUAUCUUCCGGCGGAUCAGUUGUGUCUCGCACAUUUGUUCUGUGUUUCCGCCUAUUAGGCCUCGUCAGUUUUUCGUACCAAUCGGAGGACAAAGUUACUGAACUUUUGCAGGAUCUUGAGGACGCUAGUUCAGUCGUCCAUGCUUGCAAAGAAUUGUUACACAUUAUUAACGGUCUUAAGGGGACGUCACUGCCUGUAGAAGCACUGCAGUGGCGGUGCGUGGACGUGGCUAAGAAGUCAGUGGAAACCUGCACUCGUAACUGUGGACUGGCCACCCUCUUGUUGGAGAUGUUGGAGUUGUCUGGCGUCAGAAGCACAACGGUUGCAUCACUUAGUCGGUAUCAACACGGUGUGGUGGACUCUUUGACCAAAAUACAGCAAUCUGACGGUGAGGGCCCUCAUUGUCAGCGACCCCUGGAACCACUUGGGAGGUACGAGGUGGCAACCGCCCGUUCUGGCAACAUGAAGGGGACAGACUACUUUAUCUGGUCGAGGGGUGGUGGUGCCGAUGUACCCGACUGGCCGGGAAGUCACGACCUGGAGUCUCGUCGGCGUUUAGUGAAUACCGAUUGGGUGGAUGCAGUAUGGCCACUCGAACGCACCGUGGAGGCGCACACGGAGUGUGUUGAACAUACCCGCAAGCGGAUCUUCAGUUGUUGCGAUAGUGGUUCGGAACCUGCAGACGAACUUUCUCCCCAGCUUGGCGCCGCUCUCUUUCAGCAACUUUGCACCAUCUCACCACCCGUACGUGUGCACGCAUUGAUGCCGUCAAAGACAACUGAACCCGUGCUGCAGGGGCCCCCUUCAAAGGAAUCUUUGUCAGAUGCCCCCGCAGCUAUUCGUUCGCCUGCUUCCGUGUCCCAGCCCGCCUUACCAGCAGCAAGUGCAGAGCCCCUAACACCCCAGAAACUGACACUACAGAAUGAAGAGCGUUUGAUAACGGAUUUAUCUACCGCUUCCUCACUGUCGCGGCAGACGCGAGUUGAAGUAAAGCCUUCAUCUUCACAGUUGUAUGCUGCCGCUCCUGUGCGGUCUACGGUUUCGGCGUUGUUUACCCCGGAUUACGUUGCGUGGUGGGAGGCCGAUGGUGCGGCUAACGUGGAUGCAGGCAGUCGCCCCUCCAGUAGAGCCGUGAGACAGGACCUGAACACUUUAGCGGAGAGCAAUACUUCAUACACGACACUGACGACUGAGCCGUCGGCACGGCACGUGGACGUUGACGAACGGAGCAUACUGAAUACUCGUCACUCACAUCAUCGGUGCAAAAGACAUUCUGGACAGCGAUACCGCUGUGCCAAACACAGGACAUGUGAUAUUUGUGGAUCACGCGGCGUGUCACCCUCGGUUUAUCACGCAGUGUUACCGCGGAAACGAUUAGUGUAUCCAUUAAAUCCUUCGGCAGACGAAGGGGGCCGGGCCAUUCGAUUACUGAAAUUCGAAAGUACGCUUGAACCGCCACCCUUGCCAUCAAGUAUGGCUGACUCUUUCCCGAAACAGACUGCAGGAAGACGUUUGGAUCUUGAAGAUGCACGGAUUAGGGCGCUACCACAGCUCUUGUCGCUUCGAUCUAAACCCCGUGUUCCCCAUGUGACCUUAUUUGCAUUAGGGAAAAUAAACACGGCGUGUGAUCAAACAUUGGACAAUGUUGGCAGCUCCAGACGUCUUGCCGGACUGCCGCAGUUCAGCGCACCUUCAGCUUCCCUCGCGGCUCCACAAUCUUUGUUGCCACCGCCUGUGCCGCCGAGCGACGUGUUUGUCAGACCACCUUCGCUCCUAACUCUUCACGUACCCACGGCCGUGUCGGCGUCUCCUUCACCCUCUGUAGUGAAUGGAAAGCGGGUACAGUGCGUUGUGUCAUCUUGCACGCAGGAACACGAGGAUAAGCGCAUUAUGGAUGAUGAAAUGUUGGUCCCCGAAACGACUCUCUUUGCUACUGAAUCAGCUGAAGGGCCCAAAGUAAGCGCAGUUACCACCGGCCAGAUCAUGGAGCUACCCACCCAGGGCCCUACGGUGGCGGCUCCUUCUUCAGGGGUGCCACCUCCGCUUCACAACGUUGCAGAUUCAGCGAACGCUUUACCUGGAAAAGAGGUGAUGGUGGGAUUGGCAGGCACUACUCCUGUGGGAACUGGCGAUGUCGCUCCGUCACCGGCGCCAUUGCCAACUUCUGUUUCGAAACAGGCGAUACUCACACCAUCAGAGGCGGUUGCAUUUAACCGCUAUGUGGACGAGAUCAAGAUGAGAGGCCCCGGUGCCCUAGGAACUUCCGCUGGUGCGGUAUUGGUCCCUGUACCUGUGACGGUCACCGCAAAUAUGGCGGUCCCGGAAUGUGUUCCUGCUCCGACACCAAUGCAUCCGUCAGCUCCCGCUUCCUCACUUGGGCAAGCGCCAUCUACGACAGCGGGCGGGGCAAUGUGUGUCCCAGUGGGGAUGCCAAGUACAGAAGUUAAGCGCGACAACGAAAUCUUAGAUGUCGUGAGAGAGAUGCUCGUCAAACACGAAGAAAUACAGGCAACCAACUUCCAAGCUCUAAUGGAAGCGGUUCGGUCUAAACCUCAAGAGUUCUCAUCUUACCCAAGGGCUGAGGUUGCGUCAGAUGAACGAUCGCAGGUGGGGCUGAGCGCAAUCGAGCAAGCCCAGCUUCUUCGCCAUACAAUUCAGCAAAAGGAUCGCCUCCUAGAAAUGAACCAGGAGCUUUUGGACAUCCAUUCACGGGCACAGCGCCUUGCUGCUGCUGCACCUGUUGUGCAAGCACCGCGCUACACCGCUAUGUGUGUAGGGCAACCCGUGAAGGUAGAGAAUGAUACGAUGCCAUUGCAACCUGCACCACCACCAGUGGUUACCUUGCCGCUGCAGAGCGAUACUGUUUCUGCGCAAGAGAAACGAGCGGUGGAGAGUCCCGCAAUUAUUCAAACCGACCCAAGCUCCGGUGCAAAGGAAAAUGAGGAUUCUGUGGCCAGAUCGUUUCCGGCGCCGAUUGGCACAGUAUCACCCAGCACAUAUCCAGUGUCACGUGGCAUCCCUUCAACGCAGACUAUGGACCUUACCUUUUCCAGUCUGAAUCAAAUGAACGCUGAGUUGCUCCGUGCAAACACCACUGCUGAGGAUAUGGAGCGAGCUAUCCAACAGUCGCGCACUCUACUUCAGAAGCAGUCAUCGCUGCAGUUUGCCCACGCGUCCGCUGUUGAGGGAUCUGCAAUGCUAGAUGUAGCGCGAAGCCGAACGGCGGCUCUUGAGCAGCAGCUGAUUACCUUGAACGCGCCAUCCUUCUGGAGAAUAGAAAGUACGCAGCGGAAUGACGAGCAACCAGCCUGUCGAGAGCAGCCAAGUGUGUGUACGAAUGCUUCGUCAACUGCCGAGGGCUACAUAACUGAUGAGGUAAAUGGAACGACAUCGGGGUCGCCUUCCCCUACGCGGUUCCGGUUCACGAACGAAACCACUACAGAGGCUGAGUGGUUGGGCUCGGGCCAACAGAGGGGAUCACUGGUGACGCGGCCAAGUCCACAAAAGCAAUAUCAACAGACCGCUGAAUACACAUUCGACGCGCAAGCAGGAAGUGAUCUAGCGCCCAGUGCGUCGCCACUGGCCGUCUCCGGGUCCCCCGUUUCGUUCGUAACCGUGGUGCCGACCCGCGAGGUGUACCCUUCAGACGUGCCGACGUGGCAUGAGCACAAGAGGGCCGGUGCAGUUUCUCACACUGUGGCUACACCCUUACUGGCAUUAGAUUCUUGCCUCCUUCAGUGCCAACCGAGGAAAAGUUCUACGGUCCCUAGCGUAGUGGCCGACUUGUCACAGUUGUACGGCUCGGCGCCCUCUCGACCCUCAGAAAAACCAAAAUCAAAGUCCGUUAGUCCAGCCAAGAGACGUGUGGGGAUCGCAAGUGGGCGACCAACCAACAAACCCGUUCCAGAGAGGUUCAACAUGUACGCUGCAGUAACUGCGGCCAAGAAGACACCAAAUCGCCGCACUGCGUCUGCCAAGCGAACGAUCACUCCCACCAACCGACCCCCCUGGCUUGGGACGGGUCCCGCGCCAGCUUCCUCAGGGCAUAUGUUGAAAGCUGGCGGCGCAAAUGCCCGUUACUCUCGCAGGGAGCGCGAGCGGCUUGAUACCCUGGCCCUACACACGUCGAAGCGCCUGGCGGAGCUUCAAAAAGCUCUUUCAUAG